AUGAUUGGUGGGUGUGGUGAAUGUGUUGGGGAGAUGGGGGUUUCGAAUAGGGGAGUGUAUAUUAACGGCAUUCCCCAAAUACUUUUCUGCAAACCAGCUACGUUUGACACACGCCCCACAGACGAGGCGCUUCCUAAAGUACGGGAGCAGCGAAGCUUUUUGCAUUUAAGGCGAUCGCCACUUGGGCUCAUACCUGAUGCGGCAGAGUUGAAUUGUCAAGGUAUAGAUCAAUGCGUCCCGCCGACGUGGCGGACGCAUUCAUGCCCUGCUGUUAUCAAAUUCUCAAGACAGGUUGCUCUACAAGCGACCUGGAUGGCAGGUGUCACUGAAUACAACACUAAAUCCGCUUUGUCAUAUAUCCAGACCGGCCACCCUAUCCGAGAUGGCAUUUGCGAAGAACCUUUGUUAUACGAGGGGAGUACAUCCACCUAA